UGUUGUCUACUUCAUAAUUUACAAUUUCAUUGAAAAUUGAGCUGCUUUGAAGUGUUAAUAAUGUAAAAAAAUUAUUACACCGUAAUCUUUACAAACGAACGUCCUAGCAAUAUAAACUCAGUAAAUAUUAUCGUUGAAAUUAUUAAUAGAAAUGAACAAAAAUUAUGAACGAUGUACCCAUUGUAACAGGCGCAAGUGGUUGGCUACUGGAUGUCUACGAAAAUGGUUAAAACCUAUGGAAUGUAAACACUUACAACGAAGUAUUGAUAGCAAACGAGAUUUCAGUAAUACAGACAUUGUGAACUGUGUUUUUUUACCUGAUCGAAAACCGCCCAGUAAUACCAACAAAUUUAUAAAGUUCUGGAAAAAUAAAUUGUUUAUCACUGGUAGUGUCCGUUCAUUACAAAGAUACUUUGGUAAUAAAAAUCGUGAUGGAGAGUUUAUGUGUGAUUUUAACAAAACAGCGGAUCCAUGCACAUCAAGACAAAUUAUAACAGUGACAAAUGAAGUGAAAAAAGAUAUUUUAGCAGAACAUAUUACUAUGAAGUGUAAACAUUCAGAUGGCCACUCAGUUCUUAGAGGGCAUCAUCAACAUGUAUCAGUAGAGAGCUGUGCUAUAUAUUGUCAACUCUCAAAACAUGGCUGGUAUUGGGGAGGAAUAACAUCCAGUGAGGCUGAAGAGCUUCUUGCAGGCCAACAUGACAAUGUGUUCUUGGUACGAGAUUCUUAUGACUUAAGACACAUUCUCUGUGUGUCAUUUCGAUGUGUUGGCCGAACUCUACAUGCUCGACUCAGGCAUGCCAAUGGUCUUUUUUCUUUAAACAAUGAAACUUUUGUGCCAGCAAACAGAAUAUCAGAACAUUGUGCCACUGUAGAUGUAAAGUCCAAUUUAUUUGAAAUGCCAGUGAAAUUAGCAAGACCUUUAAACAGGUUUGCAAAGUUAGACUCUCUACAAAAGAUCUGCAGAUUUGUGAUAAGGCAAACUGUCUCAGAUAAUUUAUGGAAUAAACUGCCACUUCCUCCAAAUUUAAUAUAUUAUGUAUCUUGCGGUAGUGAUUACAUCGCACCUGUAUAAAUAAGCACAACACAGAUAUAUUGUGCCUUAAAGUUAAUCAAUGCAUCAUAUAUUAACUCUAUACUUAUAAGACAUAUCAUAUAUGACUAUGUAAAGUGUUUAUAAAUUUUAUACAAAGUUUAUUUAAAAUAAAACACAAUUUUCUGUGUAAAAUUAUGUAUUUGAAAAUUAUAACAACACAUUUUUGUGUGUUAAUCUACAGCUAAAUAUAACAAUACUGUAUCAUAUUUAUCAUACUGUUGCUGAAUUCAUUUAACUGUGUUCAUUCCUAAUAUAUUCUUUGCCUGAAAUAAUAAUAUGAUAUUAAUCAAUGGAAAUAAAAAAAAAUGUUAAUAAUCAUGGAAUUUAUCAGUUUAGAUUUAUUUUUAUUUACCGUUACAAAAGCUGCUGUGAGUGUUUGUGGUGCAACGGCCACUGGAUUCAUAUUCAGCGCCAUCUGUAUAAACUCUGCGUCUCUGAUGCGAGAUUUAACAAAAUUUCUUGUUGAAGUGCAAUUCUGGCUGUUAUCAGUCAAAUAAAACAACUCUGAUGCUUUAUAAAUACCAGCAAGUCCCACUCUACGUACAUACCAGUUGAACUGUAAAGUAAUCACGAAUUAAACACAAAAUGGACUAUUUAAAAUAUAUUACUGAAAAUAACUUACAUCCACGCUACGGUCCCCUGUGUGAUAACAUAUGUCAUCUGCUAAAGACAGCAAUGUUGCUAGACAAUUUGGUACAUUGUUAGGCAGAGUUUGGAUUGCCAUUGCUUUAGGCCAUGUACUCCUAAAAAAACGUCUUUCAUUAACACACCACUUAUAACCAGUAAUCACAAUAAACAAUGAAAACUUUACUUAUAGGGUUCAAUCAUCAAAAGUCUUGAUACUAUGGCAUUCUCAAUCAUUUGCGCGGGAACUUUAUUGUCCUUUAAUUCUUCCUUUGGCCACUAUAAAUUUAAAUUGCAUAUUAAGAAAAAAUAAAUACUUUGAUAAAACAAAUUAUAUUAAUAAUAACUUACGCUCUUCAUUUCGUUAACCAGUCUUUCAUUACAUGACACAUUGAAAUAAUGUACCAGGUCCCCUCCACCGUUAGGAAAUAGGCCAUGAGCUACGCCAGGAUAUCCUGCAGCUUCAGCCCCCUGAGCUAGAGCGUCCACUGACCAACCUUUUGUGGGUACGAAAUCUAAAGCCUUCGAUAUAAUACGCUUUUUUAUAUCUUCCUCAUAUUGAUGGUCUUCUUGUUCAUUUAUAACUGCAGGGACUUUCACAAAUUCCUUAUCAUUGUGGGCUUGAUUGUAACUUCUUAUGAUUCUUUGUUUAGUAUUUAUUGGAAUUGUUACAAGAGGCGGUGUUAACUUACGACUAUUCCUUAAGG